UACAAAUAAUAGUGAAAUAAGUUUACAUUCAUCCUUGUAAUAUUAAAAGAAGGCGGUUAUAUUCUUCUCCGCCCAAAAUAACUGCGAGAGAUACGCGCCACGUCAUCCUCCGCGGCGGCUGGCGGUAAGGUCAACAAAGUACGACCAAAGUUUGAAUGCUGGUUGGUGAAACUUUUGUAGCUAUUCGAUUCCAAUUAUCAUCAUAUAACCAUCAACAAUCUUGCCUUUUUUCUCUCCAAAUUCACUUUUCCCCUUUUAUCUUCAACUUCUCGUUUUUCUUCGAUCGGUAAUCAGGAAAGAGGUGGAAUUAAGUAAGUAAUUAAAUUCGAUUUAGAAUUUGUGAAGAUGGGAUUGGGUCAAUGGUCUUGUGAACAAAGAGCUCCGAUCAAGAAUGAGACGGUGAGUGAGUUUGUGCCGGAAACCGGAUGCCUUUCGAUUAUCGUGCUUGGGGCUUCCGGUGAUCUUGCGAAGAAGAAGACUUUCCCUGCACUGUUUCAUCUAUAUCGUCAGGGGUUUAUUCAGUCACAUGAUGUUCAUAUAUUCGGCUACGCCAGGACCAAGAUUUCGGAUAACGAUUUAAGAGAUCGCAUUCGCGGAUAUCUUACACCGUGCAAAGGUUGUGAACACACACAUGAGGAAGACGUAACCCAAUUUCUGCAAUUGAUCAAAUACGUAGCGGGUGCUUACGAUACCGAAGAGGGAUUUCGCUUAUUGGACAAAGCAAUAUCUGAAUACGAGCUGUCAAAAAACAGUACGGAAGGAUCAUCGAGAAGACUCUUCUACCUCGCUCUCCCUCCAUCUGUAUAUCCACCCGUCUGCAAAAUGAUAAAAAGUUAUUGCAUGAAUAAAUCGGACCUUGGUGGUUGGACUCGAAUUGUUGUUGAGAAGCCGUUCGGUAAGGACUUGGCUUCCGCUGAAGAACUCAGUGCUCAGAUCGGAGAAUUGUUUGAUGAACCACAAAUUUACCGUAUUGAUCAUUAUUUGGGAAAAGAGUUGGUGCAGAACUUGAUGGUACUUCGUUUCGCAAAUCGUUUCUUCUUGCCACUAUGGAACCGUGACAACAUCUCUAAUAUACAGAUUGUGUUUAGAGAGGAUUUUGGAACUGAAGGACGUGGAGGAUAUUUCGAUCAAUACGGAAUCAUCAGGGACAUCAUUCAAAAUCAUCUAUUACAGGUCCUUUGCCUAGUUGCUAUGGAGAAGCCUGUUUCUCUAAAGCCGGAGCAUGUUCGAGAUGAGAAAGUGAAGGUUCUCCAAUCGGUUCUUCCAAUUGAAGACAGUGAAGUUGUGCUUGGACAAUACGAAGGCUAUACAGAUGAUCCAACGGUUCCGGAUGAUUCAAACACUCCAACCUUCGCAACCAUGGUUCUCAGAAUUCAUAAUGAAAGAUGGGAAGGCGUUCCGUUUAUUAUAAAGGCAGGGAAAGCUUUGAAUUCAAGAAAGGCAGAAAUUCGGGUGCAGUUUAAGGAUGUUCCUGGCGACAUAUAUAAAUGUCAAAAACAAGGCAGAAACGAGUUUGUCAUUAGACUACAACCGUCAGAGGCCAUGUACAUGAAGCUAACUGUGAAGCAACCGGGGCUUGAAAUGAAGACUGCUCAGAGUGAAUUAGAUUUGUCGUAUGGGCAGAGGUAUCAAGGAACCAUAAUUCCUGAGGCUUAUGAACGUUUGAUUCUUGACACGAUAAGAGGUGACCAACAACAUUUCGUUCGCAGAGACGAGUUGAAGGCGGCUUGGGAGAUAUUUACACCUCUUCUGCACAGAAUCGAUAGAGGUGAAAUGAAAUCGCUUUCAUACAAGCCCGGAAGCAGAGGCCCGGAGGCAGCCGAUAAGCUGGCUGAAGACGUGGGCUAUGUUCAAACUCAUGGGUACAUAUGGAUACCUCCAACUUUGUAGAGUAUCAGUAAAUCCACCUGAUGCCUGCCUACAUAUCAUGAUAUAUUAUGCAAGUGUCAUGUCAUGUGUUGUUAUUUCUGGUGGCCCGGUUUUCGGAACAUUCAUACACCAUGGUUUUGUAUUAUGAGCUAUAGGAUGUGAUAAACUCAUAUUUUGAUGCCAAUAAUGUAAUAUUUUGUAAAAGAAUAAUUUUGUAUUUUGAGCAAGAAAGAAUGUUUGGUUGGCUCACA